CCCUUCACCAAUUUAUUGCAGAAGCACUACCACCACCUCUACCUCCACCCCCGUUUCUGUUCCUCUCUCUCUCUCCGUUCUGAGAUAGGCAAUGGCGUCGUACCUCCUCAAGGUGGAAGAAGGAAGGCCGGCAGCGGACGGCCGGCCGUCCGUCGGCCCCACCUACAGGAACAUCUACUCCAAGGACGGGCUGCUCGAGCCUCCCGAGGGAGUCGACUGCCCCUGGGACUAUUUCAGUCAGUCGGCAAAAAGAAGUCCCGAGAAUCGAAUGCUUGGUCAUCGCCAAAUACUGAAUGGGAAGGCUGGUGCGUACGCAUGGAGAACGUAUGGAGAGGUGUAUGACCAAUCUAUUCGACUUGGUUCUGCCAUCAGAAGAUGCAACGUUGGACCAGGAGCUUCUUGUGGCAUUUAUGGUAUCAACUGCCCGGAAUGGAUUAUAACGAUGGAGGCUUGUAACAGCCACGGGAUCUACUAUGUGCCUUUAUAUGACAGCCUUGGUGCUAAUGCAAUCGAGUUUAUAAUUAACCAUGCUGAGGUUUCAAUUGCAUUUAUCCAAGAAAACAAGAUACAAGUUAUUCUUCAAUGUCUUCCAAAAUGUGCGGCAUACCUUAAAACUGUAGUCAGCUUUGGCAAGAUUCAAAGUGAACAUAAAAAGGAAGCUGAACAAGUUGGAGUCUCAUGUUAUUCUUGGGAGGAAUUUAUUUUGCUGGGAAAUGAAGAAUAUGAUCUUCCCCAUAAGAGGAAAGAUGAUAUCUGCACAAUAAUGUACACGAGUGGAACCACCGGAGACCCAAAGGGUGUCCUUUUAACCAACAGAGCAAUGUUAGCUGAGGUCCAUUGUAUGGACACUAUGCUUCAAAAGACUGAUGAAGGGGUGCAAGAGUCUGAUUCCUAUCUCUCGUUCCUUCCACUAGCUCAUGUUUUUGACCAAGUUUUUGAGAAUUAUUGCAUCUCCAAAGGUGCAUCAAUAGGAUUUUGGCAAGGGGAUGUUCGGUAUUUGUUAAAUGAUUGUCAAGAGCUUAAGCCAACACUAUUCUGUGGUGUUCCUAGAGUCUUUGAUCGCAUAUAUUCAGGUAUAAAUGAAAAAGUUUCUUCAGGAGGAGCUCUGAAGAAGGCAUUGUUUGAUUUUGCUUAUAACUACAAGCUCAAUCAAUUAAGGAUGGGCCUAAAGCAGAAUCAAGCAGCACCCCUUUUUGAUAAGCUCAUCUUUAGCAAAAUUAAACAAGUGUUGGGGGGUCAAGUGCGCCUCAUUUUGUCUGGAGCUGCACCACUACCAGCACAUGUUGAAGAAUUUUUGAGGGUCACAACUUGCAGCGUCUUGGUUCAAGGAUAUGGCCUGACUGAAAGUUGUGCGGGAUGUUUUUCAUCCCUAACAAAUGAGUUCUACAUGAUUGGCACAAUAGGAGUGCCAAUGACAGCUGUUGAAGCAAGACUAGAAUCAGUACCUGAUAUGGGAUAUGAUGCACUUUCAACCAAGCCAGCUGGAGAAAUAUGCUUGAGGGGUGCAACCUUAUUCUCUGGUUAUCAUAAGCGCAAGGACCUCACAGAAGAUGUCCUCAUAGAUGGAUGGUUACACACAGGUGACAUUGGUGAAUGGCAACCCAAUGGUACAAUGAGAAUCAUAGACAGGAAAAAGAACAUAUUUAAGCUGUCCCAAGGAGAAUAUAUAUCCGUGGAAAAUGUUGAGAACAUUUAUAGCGGCUGUCCUGCAAUUUCAUCGAUAUGGGUCUAUGGAAACAGUUUUGAAUCCUUCCUGAUCGCAGUGGCUGUCCCCAACAAGGAAGUGCUCGAGCAUUGGGCAACAACCCAUGGCGAGAGAUUAGACUACAAUUUUUUAUGCCAAAACCCGAAAGCAAAGAUGUACGUCCUAGGUGAGCUUAACAAUACCGGCCAGGCAAACAAGCUUAGGGGCUUCGAACUGCUAAAGGCAGUUCAUUUGGAACCAAGACCAUUUGACAUGGAGAGGGAUCUGAUAACCCCAACUUUCAAAUUAAAGAGGCAGCAGCUGCUCAAGUAUUACAAGGAUAUCGUUGAUGAACUUUACAGGAAUGCUAGGGAAAGUAAAGCCUGAAGACAUUCGGCACUCUUGUGAAAGAGAUGCAUGAAUCAGAAGAAGAGGAAAAAAGGAAGAUAAAGCGACGGUUCGUUCAUUGAUGCUCCAGCUUAUGAAAGUGUACGUUGGCAAUCUGCUUUAUGAGAAGAAUAAAAUUUACACGUAUGUAUAGUUGUAUACAUGCUUCUCCAGUAUGGACUACAAAUAAUCGUGGUAACAAGCCUCUGUAAAAUUGUAGUUACAUGCCUCCGUAGAGGAGGAGAGCGUCAUGCAGUAUGAUGUAUGAGCUACAAAGAAUGUGUGAAAAAGAAUGAAAAUAACCACGUAUAAUGGGAAGCUUCAUCUCUCCA